AUGGGCCCAGGACAGAUUCCAAACAGAUCCCAGACUAACCCCAGCCAGAUCCCGGAUGGGCCCAGGACAGAUCCCAGACUAAUCCCAGAAGAUCCCAGUCACACCCUGGACAGAUCCCACACGGAUCCAGGACAGACUCCAAUCCCAGGCCUGGGAUGGAUCCCAAAAAGAUCCUGGACAGACCCUGGACCUGCUGGGGUGGGUCUCGGGAUUUUGAGGCUUUUUCCCACUUUUCUGCAGCUUUUCCUGGACGACACCAAAGUCAAGAACUUCAUCACCUGCUUCAAAGACGUAGGGUUCCUCACCUUCUUCUUCAAGCACCUGGCGCCGAACCGGAGCGGCCGUUACGAGGCUGAAUUUCCUUUCCUUUCGCUCUGUGGCCGGGAACGGAAUUUCCUCCGUUGCGACGAUCGUCCCGUCGUCUUCACCCAACUUUUGCCGGGUUCCGGUGAAAACCAGCUCCUCUCCUACUGCGGCGGCGGCGAGCGCCUGGCCGUGCCUUUUCAACCAGAAAGUUUAGUGAUGCUACCGGAAAACGGGCGGCUCUACCACCCGGCGCCGGCAAAAACCGGCGGCGUAGGGUUGGUGCGUUCGGCGUUGGCUUUUGAGUGGAGCCCCUUCUUCGAGUACAGCGAAGGGCCGGCGCAGCCCCCCACCCAUUUUAUUUGGGAAGGGCGACGUUAUCGCCUCACCGAGGAAUUGUUGCCGCUGCUCCGGGGCUGCACUGAAAAAAUCCCGGUUGUCCCCGUUACCCCAAGCCAAGGUUGAGUUGGGGAUCUUGCAAUCAUCCCCAUCACCCCCACACCGAUGACAAAAUGGCGGCGGAGCCUGGUGGAGGGUGGGUGUGGCCGGGACCCCCCCUGUUUCUCUGUGAAAAAAAAAUAAUAAU